GUGAGAGCGGAGGGCGCCACUCACACUCACUGGGAGGCCGAGUACCAACAUGAACAAGUUGAAAUCAUCACAAAAAGAUAAAGUUUGCCAGUUUAUGAUCUUCACACAAUCCAGUGAGAAGACUGCAGUGAGUUGCCUGUCACAAAAUGAAUGGAAACUUGAUGUUGCUACAGAUAACUUUUUUCAGAACCCUGAACUUUACAUAAGGGAAUGUGUAAAAGGAGCAUUGGACAGAAAAAAAUUAGAGCAGCUUUAUAACCGAUAUAAGGACCCUCAAGAUGAAAAUAAAAUUGGGAUAGACGGCAUCCAACAGUUUUGUGACGAUUUAGCUCUUGAUCCAGCCAGUGUCAGUGUUCUAAUUAUUGCAUGGAAAUUCCGAGCAGCAACGCAAUGUGAGUUCUCAAAGCAGGAAUUCAUGGAUGGAAUGACAGAACUAGGGUGUGACAGCAUAGAAAAAUUAAAGGCACAGCUUCCGAAAAUGGAACAAGAACUAAAAGAGACAGGGCGAUUUAAGGAUUUUUAUCAAUUUACAUUCAACUUUGCAAAGAAUCCAGGGCAGAAAGGUCUAGAUUUAGAAAUAGCCAUCGCCUACUGGAAUUUAGUACUUAGUGGAAGAUUUAAAUUCCUAGAUUUGUGGAACAAGUUUUUGUUGGAACAUCAUAAACGAUCAAUCCCUAAGGAUACAUGGAACCUCCUCCUAGAUUUCAGUACAAUGAUAGCUGAUGACCUGUCAAACUAUGAUGAAGAAGGGGCAUGGCCAGUUCUUAUCGAUGAUUUUGUUGAAUUUGCACGUCCUCAAGUUGCAGGGACAAGAAGUACAACAGUGUAGCCCUUAAGAACCUUGUAUAAUGUACAUAGACUGUACAAAGUAACACAACAGAAAAUUGCACAGUCAAUUUCCUCCUGCUUGACUGAACUGAAGGUCAGCCCUCGCAGCAAUUCCUGGGGGUAAAACAGACAUUUAAGACCAUAUCCUAUUUCAUUCUUUGGUGGUUUGGGCCUCUUUGCAAGUGUAAGCAAAACUAGCAAUUCCAAAUUGUGGAUUUCAUCACAUAAUCGCUGGAGCAUAUUCAUUUUGCCAUAAACAGUAGAUACAU